CAUAAAUUUAUUAAAAUAACAAUUAUUUUAAGUAAAAACAUAUUUCAUUAUUUCACUAUUUAAUUAAUUAUUUCAUGGUCCUUGCGUUGCAGUGGAUCAUGAAUUUAUUUUAUCUGUCAACCUCGCCCGUCAAAGUCCGUGGGCGGGACUAACGUGAAUCUAGUCUAAUCCACUACUUUUGUCUGCCUUGAAACCGGAAGUAGAAGUCUUUCUAAACAUGGAGGCUGUGUAGAGGGAGAGUCGCUGGGAACUUUCUAGAGAGUUGGUGAGAGAUAUUUUAGACCUUGCAGAGUAUGUGGAAGCAGGACCUGCUGACCGCGAGCAUGUAGCGUGUAAAGCAGAGGAAUUUAUUGAAGUUGUUGAAGUUAUUUCCGCACUUUCCGACCAAGAUGUUGACCGUAGAGUGACUGCAAAUUUAGAGGAAGUACUCCGCCGGUUUUCUGGUACCAGGGUGCAACAGGAGCACACACAGGGACCAGGGCGUUUGGCAUACCGAGGGAAGUUCUGGAACGUUCUUUGUGGAUUACCAGCCUGUCAAAUUGCAGCGAUGCUCGGAGUGUCGAGCGCUUUCCCUUUAGGACCUACUCGGCGCGGCACGGCUCCGCUCGUCUUUGUUUAGCCGCGAUUCCACAAGCAUCUACUCGGCACGGUACGGCUCGUCUCAUCUUUGUUUGCGAGCGUUUCCAUACGGACUAAUUUUCAGCACCUUCUCGGCUGAGGUUCCCAGCGAGCUGAGAUGAGCCGAUAAUGUGGCGUUUACAUAGUACAGCCCACUGAUUGGACAGGGAGUGACGACACAGAGCAACUCCAGCACGAAAACAAAAUCCUGCAUUAAAAAAUGACUAUAAACAGCGACGGUGUGCAUUGCUCUUCACGAAACUCUCUGUUCUUCAUAAUUUUAAUAUGACAGCCAGACCUGUACCGUGGGUGAAUGAAGAGGUCGAGACUUUGUCUUUGGUGGCGGACCAAAGAAUACAGAGGGAGCUGGACGGAGAAAGUUUAUCAGGAGGUCUCUGAGCGGAUGGCCGCUCACAUAUAUACAGUAGACUGUAUAUAAAGAGGACAGAAGCAGUGUAGGGAGAAGCUGAAAAAGCUCAAAAGUGACUAUCGGUCCACCCAGGACCACAACGGCCGGCGUGGGUCAACCAGGAGGUGUUGGAAGAGGUUUCAUGAACGCUAUUUACUGGCACCGCACCGCCAGCAACAGGAGGGCGACUCAGCCGCUGCAUUGUUGGAGACGUUCGAGGGCGAAUCCCUUUCCACAUGCGAAGCCUACUCCACCUCCGUCGCGGAGCCCCCGGCUGCCCUGCCUCCUCUCCACCAGCUGCAGCGGCUCCUCUCCAGCACCAGCACCAGCUCGGACACCGACACCAGCACGUCACAGCAACGUCUUAUCACCGGCAAGAGGAAAGGGGGCCACAGAAAAUUGGACCUUCCUAGCGUACUUGUGGAGAUGCAGGCUGAGGAGGAGUGGAGUCAUGCCCAGCAUGAUGAGAACAUCUGGUUGCUCCUCAGCGAGGCAAGAGAGAAUGAAGCGGCCUUGCAGCGGGAGGAGAUGGCCCAGAAUACUGCCUUCAACCAGUCAUUCCUGGGUGUGCUGGGGCAGCUGGGGUAGCUGGGUAGGCAGUGGGCAGGCGGCGAGUGUGAGCGAGUCCACCUCCCAUAGACUUGAGAUUUACAAAUGCUGGUCAUAUAAUUCACACUCGGCUUCACACUCGCCGAGUGUGAAGCGGUUGGGAUGAGGAUCAGCACCUCCAAAUCCGAGUCCAUGGUCCUCAGCCGGAAAAGGGUGGAGUGCACUCUCCGGGUCAGGGAUGAGGUCCUGCCCCAAGUGGAGGAGUUUAAGUACCUCGGGGUCUUGUUCACGAGUGAGGGAAGGAUGGAGCGAGAGAUCGACCGGCGGAUUGCUACGGCCUCCGCAGUAAUGCGGGCGCUGUACAGGUCCGUCGUGGUAAAGAUUUACCGGUCGAUCUACGUUCCUACCCUCACCUAUGGUCACGAGCUUUGGGUAGUGACCGAAAGAACAAGAUUUUUUUUUUUUUUUUUUUUUUCCAAGAUGGCGCCGUGCCAGCGGCAGCUAGUUACAGCAGCUCCGGUUAACUUUAGGUCUGUUUAGUUAUUUUGUAGUUUUCUUCUCUUUUUAAGUUUUUCUUUUCAGCAAGUAGGGUGACGCUUUUGUACGGGACAGACAUGGAUGUGCAAAUAGCGUUUUCCCUACUUUGUUUACUACUGUUUUCGGAACUUUUUAAAUCCGCAUCUGGUGACCCGUUCAGCCAUGGCUCCAUUGUUUACAGUCGGGAACAGCUGUUGGCGCUGAGCCAGGCCAGGCCGCCGUCGUGGGAGAGACCAGACAUCCCAGCUGAGCUCCGCAGAAGGAGGAGAGGAUGCCGGGCAGGACUGAAGCGUCGGGAGAAGAGGAGACGCUACAAGCCGUCCGUUCCAUCUGUGAUUAUGGGGAAUGUGAGGUCUCUCCCGAAUAAGAUGGAAGAACUGACGGCGCUGACCAGGCUGCAGUGGGAGUAUAGGGAGAGCAGCCUCAUGAUGUUCACGGAGUCAUGGCUGAACGAACUCACUCCGGACUCACUUUUAACUCUGGACGGAUUCCAUCUGGUCAGAGCGGACCGGAACGCGAGGGAGAGUGGUAAGAGAAAGGGUGGGGGCCUCGCGAUGUAUGUGAAUGAGAGAUGGUGUAAUGCUGGGCACAUUAGCGUUAAAGAGCAGCUCUGCACUAAGGAUGUAGAAUUACUGGCGGUCAGUCUGCGUCCGUUCUAUCUGCCCCGGGAGUAUUCACAUGUAAUAGCCAUUACUGUGUACAUCCCUCCCUCGGCUGAGGCGGCUGCAGCCUGUGAACUCAUCCACAGUGUAGUGUCCCAGCUGCAAACAUCUCACCCUCAGUCUCUUAUCAUCAUCUCAGGAGACUUUAAUCAUGCAUCGCUCUCUGCCACUCUCCCCACGUUCACCCAGUACGUGACCUGCCAUACCAGAGACAAUAAAACCCUGGACCUGCUGUAUGCAAACAUCAAGGAUGCAUACAGCUCCUCACCCCUCCCCCCACUGGGCCACUCAGAUCACAACCUGGUGAGACUGCAGCCCAUUUACAUACCUAUGGUGAAGAAACAACCCCCCACCACCAGGUAUGUGAAGAAGUGGUCUGACGAGGCCACUGAGGCGCUGCAGGACUGCUUUGAGACCACAGACUGGGAUGUGCUGUGUGGUCCACACGGGGAGGACAUUGAUGCACUGACAGACACUGUUACGGACUAUAUCAACUUCUGUGCAGAGAACAUCGUACCGACCAGGAAAGUACGGUGUUUCUCUAACAGCAAACCCUGGGUGUCCCUGGAACUGAAGGCCCUGCUGAAGGAGAAGAGGAGGGUCUUUGGAUCUGGGGACAAAGAGGAGCUGAGGAGGGUGCAGAAGGAGAUAAAGAAGAAGAUCAAGGCGGACAAGGCCAGCUACAGGACCAAGAUGGAAUCUCACCUGCAGGACAAUAACACAAGGGAGGUCUGGAGAGACCUGAGAUCCAUCUCUGGUUACAGCAGAGGCCAUGAGAGGGGAGCUGCAGCAGGAGGCCAGGAGUGGGCCAAUGAGCUGAAUCUGUUCUUUAACAGAUUCGACUCUGCUCCCACUCCUCCCCCCUCUCAUCAAAGCACCGACCAGCCAGCUCCUUCUUCACACCUCAGCUCUCUACCACCAACACCACCAACAGCACCCCUCCUCCCAUCCCCGUCUUCUACCACCUCCGGACUCCGCAUACAGCCCCAUCACCCCUCCUCGUCUCACCCCCCACCACCACCAUCACCCCUCCUCCUGCCACCCUCCCCCUGCCUCUCCAUAACAGCUGAUCAGGUGAGAAGUGAACUUAAAAAGAUCAAGACCAGGAAAGCUGCAGGUCCUGAUGGAAUCAGCUCCAGACUCCUUAGAGACUGUGCAGACCAGCUCUGUCAGGUGCUGCUGCACAUCUUUAACCUGAGCCUGAGUCUGGAGAGGGUUCCUCUGUUAUGGAAGACUUCCUGCCUGGUUCCUGUCUCUAAGACCAGGAACCCCAGGGAGCCUAACCACUUCAGACCUGUGGCCCUCACUUCUCACCUGAUGAAGACCAUGGAGAGGAUCGUCCUCAAGAACCUCCGUCCCCAGGUGAGCCAGUAUCUGGAUCCACUGCAGUUCGCCUACCAACCGAACAUUGGAGUGGAUGAUGCAGUGGUCUACCUGCUGCACAGAUCACUGACUCACCUGGAGAACCCCAGCAGCACUGUGAGGGUCAUGUUCUUUGACUUCUCCAGUGCUUUCAACACCAUCCAGCCUUCUCUGCUUAGGGUGAAGCUUGAAGGAGCGGGAGUAGACUGUCACCUGGCUGCUUGGACCAUCGACUACCUCACCAACAGACCACAGUACGUGAGGCUUCAGGACUGUGUGUCUGAUGUGGUAGUCAGCAGCAUGGGGGCCCCACAGGGGACAGUGCUCUCCCCCUUUCUCUUCACCCUGUACACAUCGGACUUCCACUACAACUCUGGGAGCUGUCACCUCCAGAAGUUCUCCGAUGAUACAGCCAUUGUUGGGUGCCUAUCUGAAGGGGACGAGCGGGAGUACAGGAUGGUCAUCUCUGACUUUGUGGACUGGUGUGAGCGAAACCAUCUGCAGCUCAACGCCAGUAAGACGAAGGAGAUGAUCGUGGACUUCCGCAGGAGGAGGACACCCCGGACUGCACCGGUGAACAUCCAGGGUUUGGACAUUGACAUGGUGGACACAUACAAAUACCUGGGUGUUCACCUCAACAACAAACUGGACUGGACACACAAUACAGAGGUCCUGUACAAGAAGGGCCAAAGUCGUCUCCACCUGCUGAGGAGACUGAGGUCCUUUGGAGUGUGCAGGACUCUGCUCAGGACAUUUUAUGACUCUGUGGUAGCGUCUGCUAUUUUCUAUGCAGUGGUCUGCUGGGGAGCAGGGAGCACUGAAAGGGACAGAAAGAGACUAAACAGACUGGUCAGGAGGGCUGGUUCUGUCCUGGACUGUUCCCUGGACUCCAUAGAGGAGGUGGGUGAGAGGAGGAUGUUGUCAAAGCUCACAUCCAUCAUGGACAAUCCCUCUCACCCACUGCAUGACACUGUGGGGUCUUUAAGCAGCUCCUUCAGCAGCAGACUGAGACAUCCACCCUGCAAGAAAGAGCGCUAUCGCAGGUCCUUCAUCCCAUCUGCUAUAAGACUUUACAACAUCAGCAUCACUGGCUGAUGUUAACAUAAACUGGACUAUAUCAUUACCACCCCAAACCAUAAAAUUUGCACAGACAUUCUUGCACUGCACAUCUUUGCACUUUUAAACUUUAUUUUUAUUUUUUCUGUUAAAAAUUUUGCCACCCUUGUAUAUAUUGUAAAUAAAACUGCUGUAACAAUGUAAAUUUCCCCUGGAGUGGGGAGAAAUAAAGAACUUUAUCUUAUCUUAA